AUGUACGCUGCACCUCCCAACGGCGUUGAGGGUGCAACAAUCAACCCUGCUGCUCUCAAUUCGGCCGAUCCCCUAGCUCUCUCGCGAGGUCUGAAGCGCAGCCGCUCUCCCGACGACUUUGCGGACACAGGGCCCAACGGCCCAGCAGGUGAUGACGGUGGUGAUAAGCCCAGGAAACGAGGAAGACCGAUGAAGCCUCUACCAUCCGGUACCGCGACGGCGUCGCUCCCGCCUGUGCCAUCUGCCCCGCAAAACGCCCCCCCACAAACACCCCAGAAUCAGAAUGCCACGUUGCCCGUCCAGACUCCGUCGUCAUACACGACGACAACUGCUCAGGCAUCACCGCCUAAGCCGGCUCCUUCAAAGCCUUUGAAGGCCCUUCCGACCGUGCGCGACCACACUACCGACAUCCUCGCUCCCAGCGGCGAUGAGUACCUUGUGCGCGAGAUUGACGAGGCCGGUGAGAAGAAGGUCCUUCCCAACGGUCAGCUGCUAGGAGGGCGUCAAUACAAAUGCCGCACGUUCUGUGUGCCGAACCGCGGAGACAAGCUGUUUAUGCUCGCGACCGAGUGUGCUCGUGUCCUUGGCUAUCGCGACUCGUACUUAUUGUUCAAUAAAAACAGGUCGCUGUACAAGAUCAUCGCAAACCAGGCCGAGAAAGACGAUCUCGUCGCUCAGGAGAUUCUGCCCUUUUCGUAUCGCUCACGUCAGAUCGCCAUUGUGACCGCUCGCAGCAUGUUCCGUCAGUUCGGAAGCCGCAUGAUCGUGAAUGGCCGGAGAGUUCGGGACGACUACUGGGAGAGUAAGGCUCGGAAGCAGGGGUUCACCGAAGACGAUCCGGCAGGCGAGAAACGGCCUGGAGCUUCGAGGGCGCGCGCGGCGGCCGAAGCAAGCCAUGCUGCGUCGCUGAUGGCCGCACCCCACGGAGAGAUUGUGUAUAGCACGAGCCAGUUUGGUCCCCAGCCGCCGCUCGUUCCCCCAGGUAUGCUCGGAGGCCCGGCAACGACCCGACCAUCCAUGAUAACACUAGGUCCAGAUUACAGCGAUACCCGCAGCCGGGACUACUCGAGCAUUCUCAAGAACGGGCCAAGGCAGGAGAUCACCGGGCCUCCCUACCAGGAUCGCAUCCAGCCCACUCCCUUGACCGAGCUGCAUGCUCAAGCCCACCAUGCUGCCGAGUUCAACCGCACGCUCAAUCAGCAGCGCGAAAUGCGCGCUGACUACAUGAAUAGCAUCUGGCGGAGACCGCACGAGCAGCCCGUGCCGCCGGCCUUGCCUGCUCCCGUAAGCGCUCCCGACCCGGUCGUUCCCCCUGCCGUCCCGCCUAGCCGCACAUCAGCGGCAACCCACACCUCUUCCCUCCAGCCGCCAGCCAUACUCCCAAACCAGAGCCCACAGCUGAUGAUGACCGCCGCUCCCUACUCACAGUCCAUCCAUGCGCCGAACCCCGUCGCAAGCCAGGGUUCACUUAGAGCAGGUAUGGCCCACCACCGCUCAGUGCCCCAAGCUACAUUUCAGCAAGCAGCACGAGGACCAACACACCAUUCCUCCGCGACAGGCUCGACGACUACUGCCUCGCUCGCGCCGGCUCCGGCCCCCGCCCAGCCGAAUUACACGUACUCGCAGUCCGCAGCCGCAGCCCCGAACCAGAUGUGGCCCCCCGCCCCUCAGACCCCACAGCACGGCGCCCCAGGCGCUGGCCCCGCUCCGGGUGCCCCGUCUCCGUACUCCGCUUAUACGACCGCCCCGGCCCAGCCGCAUCAGUCUACCCCCGGCAACGCCGGCGGGCCUGGCACUCCACAACUCCGUCACGGAAGUGCUCCCUCCGCUGCCGCGCCCGCUCCGGGCUCCAACCCUGCUCCCACGGGCGCACCUGCCCCUGGCCCAUCGCCGCUCGCACCGUAUUCUGGGUUGCCUGGCAUGCCUGGACAGGGGUACGGGCCUGUGUACGGAGCUGAGCAGACACCUAGGGGGUACAUGCAUCAUCAGACGUGGAAUACUGGGCCGGGUCAGGGUCAAGGACAGCAGAAUCAGCAGCAGGGACAGCAGCAACCGGGGCAGCAGGGUCAGGGGCAGGGGCAGCAGACACAGCCCCAGCCUGCGGCUGUGGCGGCGGGGGGUUGGUGGGGUGGGCAAGGGCAGUGA